GAAAAAAAAAGAAUUGAAAUUGAAGAGUCAGCUGGAUGAAACUUGUUCUACUGAUGGAAUUCAUCUGUCUCGUGAUUUAUCAAAACAACCAUCAUUGUUUUUCCAUAUCCUUCUCUUUUUCCUUGCUAAAAGAAUGGACCGGAAGAAAAAGAUGGACUAAUGAGAAAGAAAAAGAACAAUACGGGCAAACACCUCAUGGGCAAUGCUUCACAUUUUUUUUUUAUCUUUUAAAUCAUCCGGUAGAUAAAUUCCAUUAGUAGUAAGAGUUUAAUCCAAUUUUGACUCUUCAGUUUUUGCUCUAAGAUGGUUAUGGUAGGAUAUGCGAUAAAAAAGAAAACUGCUCUACAUGAUGAAGUUGAUGCCGUUAAAUUUCAUCCGACUGUGGGACUGGUCCAGCGAGGAAGCAAUCUAGAAGCAUGGCAGACUGAAAAGUAUGGGGAAUUUGGUUUUGACUUAGAUGGUAAUGUUCAUGCGUAACUGGUGUGAGUUGCCAGUGUAAGGAGAGAGAAGAAGAAAGAGAGAAGAAGAAGAAGAAGAAGGUGGUAUGGGAAUCCAGUGGCAGGGGGCAGCAGCACUCGCAUUUCAGUCCAGUACCGUCCCAAGCCGAGAAUUGGCGGACAGGACGUACAAGUGAUCUUAGUGGACGGUUGGCGAUGAAAUUGCCCUGUGGGCGGUUCCCGUUUGCCGUUUCGGCGGGACAGCAGAGAGAGGAAUCGGGGAGAGGUGAAGGGGACGAAGAAAAAAAGGGGAAAAAAAAGGCAACGCACGCAGCUCAUGACGACGGUUCGCCACCCAUCGCUCCUAUGAAAAAGAGGGCUAUUGGCGGACAAGCAGGUAGUCAGACGGCGGGACACGGGGACCAUCCGUGUCGACUUACUGGAUCUCGAGGCCUUCUCUCCCCUCCAAUCCUGGUCCCUGCCCGGCUUUUCGAGCCCUUCCCUUCGUUUCACGAGGAUCCCUGUUAUUUCUUCCCUUACUUCUCUGCCCCCAAUAGUUUAUCUAAUAUUUUUUUUCUCGGAAGGAACCUCCGGAUGAGAUUCCGAGACGACCUCCAGCUCUGCCUCUAGAAAACCUUUUAAAUUAAAAUGGCUGAAUCAUCUGCGAUAUCCCUGCCGCUGCAUCCCCAUCGCACUGCUCUCUUCCCCUCUUUCUAGUCUCUCCAGUUCGUUGCAAUGGAAGGAUGGACUCGGCCGCUGCUAGCGGUCGUCGUCGUCGUCGUCUUUUGUGCGGAUCUGGUGGUAUCCUCCGAUCCGCCACUUUCUCCCAAGGGCGUGAACUACGAAGUGGCAGCUCUGAUGUCGGUGAAGAGCAAGAUGUGGGAUGAGGCGGGAGCGAUGGACGGGUGGGAUAUCAACUCGGUGGACCCCUGCACCUGGUCCAUGGUUGGCUGCUCCCCAGAAGGCUUCGUCAUCUCCCUGGAGAUGGCCAGGAACGACUUGUCUGGCACGCUGUCUCCGAGCAUUGGGAACCUGAGCCACCUUCAGACCAUGUUACUGCAAAAUAAUGAAAUAUCUGGUCCUAUUCCACCUGAAAUAGGGAAGCUGUCACAACUCACGACUCUUGACCUUUCUGGCAACCAGUUCAUUGGUGAAAUUCCAAGAUCACUUGGACUUCUGAAUCAACUAGGUUACUUGCGUCUUGACAAGAACAAUUUGUCUGGCCAGAUCCCUGAAUCUGUAGCUAGUCUUUCAGGUCUUUUAUUCUUAGAUUUGUCAUUCAACAAUCUAAGUGGUCCAACUCCUAAGAUCCUAGCAAAAGAUUACAGUGUUGCAGGAAAUAAGUUUCUUUGCAAUUCAUCUUUCUUGCAUGGUUGUGCAGGUGUUCCGUUGCCAAUCAAUGAAACAAAAACAUCCAGACGACCAAGCAAUCACCAAUUAGCAAUAGCCAUUUCUUUAAGUGUCAGCUGUACUUUAACGGUCUCCAUCCUGCUGCUUGUUUAUUGGCUACAUUAUUGCAGAUGGCGUUUGCCUUUUGCUUCUGUUGGUCAAGAUUAUGAAUUUGAAAUGGGCCAUUUGAAGAGGUUCUCAUUUCGUGAGCUGCAAAUUGCAACUGAUAAUUUUAAUUCUAAGAAUAUAUUAGGUCAAGGUGGAUUUGGAGUUGUUUAUAAAGGCCAUCUCAGAAAUGGCACUUUGGUGGCAGUGAAACGGUUGAAAGAUCCCAGCUUUACUGGGGAAGUUCAGUUCCAAACUGAAGUAGAGAUGAUUGGCCUAGCUUUGCACAAGAACCUCUUACGCUUGUAUGGAUUUUGCAUGACAUCACAUGAGAGACUACUUGUAUAUCCAUUUAUGCCAAAUGGGAGUGUUGCUGAUCGUUUGAGAGAUCGUCAUCAUGAGAAACCAUCCUUGGACUGGACCAAACGGAUGCGAAUUGCACUUGGGGCUGCCCGUGGGCUAUUAUACUUGCAUGAACAAUGCAAUCCAAAAAUCAUUCACAGGGAUGUUAAAGCUGCAAAUAUUUUGCUUGAUGAAAGCUUUGAAGCGGUAGUUGGAGAUUUUGGGUUGGCAAAACUCCUGGAUCGGAGGGAAUCACAUGUUACAACUGCAGUUCGAGGUACUGUAGGACACAUUGCUCCAGAGUAUCUAUCUACUGGGCAGUCCUCAGAGAAGACGGAUGUGUACGGAUUUGGCAUUUUACUGCUGGAGUUAGUAACAGGACAAAAAACCUUGAGUUCUGGAAAUGGCAGUGUUCAGAAAGGAAUGAUUCUCGACUGGGUUCGGGUUUUAUACGAGGAGAAGCGACUCCUUGAGAUGGUUGAUAGAGAGCUUCAUGAUUCUUUUAGUGCAGCUGAACUGGAGAAGGCUGUUGAGGUGGUUCUCCUGUGCACUCAGUCCAAUCCUGGUCUUCGGCCAAAGAUGUCAGAAGUUGUGAAAACUCUGGAAGCUGGGUUCCAACCAGGAGAAAAUACACAGGAGUCAAAUGGAGAACCGCUGUAUGGAAGAUCUUGCAGCGUCUCUAGAAGUUAUGAUGAUAAUGAAGCGUCUUCUUUUAUUAUUGAACCAAUCGAGCUUUCAGGGCCCAGAUGAUAACCAGCUCAAACCGUUGUAGUUUGUAUUUUGGCUAUUUUGUUCUUAAAGCACAGGAGAGAAGUUUAAUCUAAUGAUGUAUGGGAGUCGUAAACUUAGUUGGAAAAUCUUGCAUCAGUGCAGAAGCUAACGUGAUCAUUUUGGCUGUUAAAAAGGAAUGUUUAAGUGUAAAUAUCAUAUUUCACUGUAAUUAUGUGAAGCCAUUGCUCUGAACGUUCUGAGCUAAUGUCAGCAUGCUUUCUGAAAGCUAAUUGCAAAUUGUAAACAUCUUAUGGGGAUCAAGAAGAAUGCUUCUCAAUUAAUUAUUUUA